ACUGGCAAGGACUUUGCUUCCUUGCAAGCCUCUCCUCCUCUACCUUUGUCACAGUCUAUCCAGCCAGAUCACAUGAAUUCUGACCCCUCUGUACAACCAUAGAUCGAGUAUCCGGCUGCACUGCAAAUUAUCAACUCACAAAGGAGAUCAGCAGGUUCUGGUCUGGUGUCAGAGAGAAGACCACAAAUUUAAGGUGGCCUGGACGGGGCAUAAGAAGGGUACUAAUGGCGGCUGGUGACAAUGGUACUCCUAGGGUCACAUUCCUGGCCCCUGAGGGUCAUGACGAAGAGGUGAUACCCAAGAAGCUGGGAAGACUGACAGUGAAAUAUAAUCGCAAAGAACUACAACGCAGAAUUAAACUAGAGGAGUGGAUUGAUGCCCAAAUCCAGGAGCUAUACCAGAGCCAGGAGGAGCGAAGGGAUGAAGAUGCUGAACCUGAGAUUGAUAUUGAUGAUCUUCUACAUCUGACUGUUGAAGAGCAGAGAUCAAGGCUACAGGAAAUUCUUCAAGAGUGUACCCGACCCACAGAAGAAUUUACAAUGGAGCUUCUGCAGCGUCUGAAAGGAUUACGGAAGAUAGAAGAAUUGCAGCAUAAAUGAAUCAGACUUCUUCUCUUUGUGACCAAAAUACCAUUUUGUGCUAUGGACACAAUGAACUUUGAGUAUUGUUGCUCUCUGUUGAAUCAUA